GUGUGUGUAUGUGUGUGCGUGUGCAGUGCGAUUUUUACUGCCUCUGCUAGGCUGCACUCUAACAAAUAAUUUAAACUUGAUUGCCAAAACGCAACGUGCUGGUAAUGGACGAUGAGAGCUCUCGAGCCUGCGGGUGAAGCCGGAGAACAUGCGCAGCUUCCAAAACGUGCUUGUGUUCCAGGAUUGUCCUGUGCACAGCUGAUGAAAGGUGGACAGCAGGCUGCUUUGAAUGCCACUAUUCUUUAAGAGCGUCGGUCUUACAGCACAAGAAGACCUCGUGCAAAUCUGAUCCGGACACUCCUGCGUUUGAUGAAAUGGUCAAAUUGGCCGAAGGGAAUCAGUUCUGACCAGCAUAUUGAUUCAGUUCUGUAACUACGUCCACAACCUCAGUGCUAACUACACGGCAGCGAAUAAAACGCGCGUAAAACGUGGACAUAUUUAUUUACAUGUGCAUUUUUUUCUUUUUAUUUACGAAAGGUGUAAAAUAGUUUCCAAGAGAGAAGUGUGGUUUGAUGUUUUUAAACCCCGCGCGUGCGUUGCGGUUGUCGGAAUCGCUGUGCUGUCUAGUCCGAAGUUGCGUCCCUUUAAUCUUCGCAGAAAGUCGUUUCUUUUAUCAAAGUUAGGAAUGUGGACGGUUGGAGACAGAGGACGUUACGGGAUUUUGUCGCUUUCCCUGACGGUCGCCAUGGUCUGCUGUGCUCAGAGCGCAAAUGAGCCGAGCAACAUGUCAUAUGUGAAAGUCACCGUGGACAAAUUGCUCAAAGGAUAUGACAUUCGGUUAAGGCCUGAUUUCGGAGGUGCCCCUGUAGAUGUCGGAAUGAGCAUAGACAUCGCAAGCAUCGACAUGGUCUCAGAAGUUAAUAUGGACUACACCAUCACCAUGUACUUCCUGCAGUCGUGGAGGGACAGGCGGCUGUCCUACACGGGGAUCCCCCUCAACCUCACGCUGGACAACAGGGUUGCCGACCAGCUCUGGGUCCCCGACACCUACUUCAUCAACGACAAGAAGUCUUUCGUGCACGGCGUCACCGUCAAGAACCGCAUGAUCCGCCUGCACCCCGACGGCACCGUGCUCUACGGCCUCAGGAUCACCACUACUGCAGCCUGUAUGAUGGAUCUGCGCCGGUACCCUCUGGACGAGCAGAACUGCACACUGGAGAUUGAGAGCUAUGGCUACACUACCGACGACAUCGAGUUCUACUGGCAGGGAGGGAGUUCGGUCACCGGCGUGGACAACAUCGAGCUUCCGCAGUUCUCCAUCAUGAACUACAGAACGCUGUCCAAGAACGUGGUGUUUGCCACAGGCUCGUACCCGAGGCUGUCCCUCAGCUUCAAGCUGAAGAGGAACAUCGGCUACUUCAUCCUGCAGACCUACAUGCCCUCCAUCCUGAUCACCAUCCUAUCCUGGGUCUCCUUCUGGAUCAACUAUGAUGCGUCAGCCGCCCGGGUGGCCCUAGGAAUAACGACGGUCCUGACCAUGACCACCAUAAACACGCACCUGCGCGAGACCCUGCCCAAGAUCCCCUACGUGAAGGCCAUCGACAUCUACCUGAUGGGCUGCUUCGUCUUCGUCUUCCUGGCGCUGCUGGAGUACGCCUUCGUCAACUACAUCUUCUUCGGGCGGGGCCCCCACCUGCAGAAGAAGGUGGCGGAGAAGGCCGCCAAAGCCAACAACGAGAAGAACCGGCUGGAGGCCAACAAGGUGCAGGUGGACGCUCACGGCAACAUCCUCCUGACCAAACUGGAGAUCCAGAACGAGGUGAGCGGCUCGGACAUGCUGGCGGGCCUGGGCGACCCGCGGGCCACCAUGUUCUCCUACGACAGCGCCAGCAUCCAGUACCGGAAGCCCCUGGCCAGCCGGGACCUGUACGGCAGGCCCGCGGCCGACCGGCCCGCCGCGCACAAGAAGGGCCGCCUGCGGAGGAGGGCGUCCCAGCUCAAGGUCAAGAUCCCCGACCUCACGGACGUCAACGCCAUCGACAAGUGGUCCCGGGUCAUCUUCCCCAUCACCUUCACCUUCUUCAACCUGGUCUACUGGCUGUAUUACGUUCACUAGUGCGGCCGCUGCUCCGACCAAUCGCCCUGCUCCAUUUCCCCUUUAUCUAUUUGGGUUUUAUUUACACUCGAUACCUAAUGGACUGCCAUGUGAUAAACAAUAACUACAAUAUGAAUAUAUAGUGGUGAGGCAAGUAUCAUAUUCAGCCAGUGUUAAUUCAUUCAACUUGUCAUAAAUUUACUUCGAAAACGGGGUAUGCAAAAAUGUUUCUUUUCACUGUAAAUAUGUAUUUAGAUAAUGGGAAAUAAUGGGGGAAAAAUUUAACCAAUAACUCAAGACUAAUAAUUUACCUUUCCUGUCACUGUGUCCCAUCACUUCAGUAGCAUAGCAUAAAUGAACGUGGAUUUUAUAACGGAGAAACCGCAGAAUAUCCUUUUGAGCUAAUUGGUGAUAAAGACUGCCGAUACCGACCGAAACUAUUGCCAAAAUGGACGAUGUGACUACAUUAAGCUGCGAUGAGGACUAGGGGAAUUCCAUUCUCAUUGUAGUAGCUGUUUCUUGUUCUGCGUGUGAUUAAAACACCAUUUUAUACGUUUUAAAAACAAUAAUAGAAUGCUGAAUCCAGAGUGUGGUAUCGUGUUACCGAUGUCCUAUGAAAAAAAAAAAAAGGAAAUUGUCUAAGCCAGUGCUGAAAUUCCAUCUCAUCAUCCAGAGGUGGCACCUGGUGUCUUUUCUGUUUGUUUAUUUUUUGUGUGACACAUGAUUAGCUGCGGCUUCCAAAUAAUUUGUACAGCCAUCACUCGAUUGAAAAUGCAAAUUACUUUUCCUGUU